UAGAAAAAAACCCGAAAACCUGGAUCCACCCAAGGUUCCUCCUCUUUCCCCUUCUCCUCCCCAUGGCGGGUUCGAAAUUAUUAAGGAAGGUUGGUCUCAAAUUCGAAACCCUAGGGGCUUAAUAUUUGAUAUUCCACAUUUCAAAUCCUAAAACAUUAUAGAAGAUGGGAGGAGAUUCGAGCUCUGAAGAAGUUGGUUUGGAUCUCCUUCAGCAGUUGGAACUCAUCUUAGAACACGAUAAGCUUAUUGAUGAAGUAGGCUUCGUACACCCCGACCAGUUUCCAGCUCUGAAUGAAGGUCCAAGUAGUUCACUAUCCCCCGUUUGCAUUCUAGGUCAAUCAGCAGCUGACAUCCUCAAUAAAGACACAGUAGAGUUGCAUGUGGUACAAUAUGAUGAGAAAGUUUUCUGGAAUAAAGAUCAUAAAUUGGCUAUCUCAAUUCUUGUUUUACCCCAGUUGUAUAAUGCUGCUCUGAAUGCAUAUAUGGAUGCAAAUAGAAGAUAUAAACAGUCAAUCAGGUCACAAAUAAACAAAGGUUCCUUUGAUGAUGCAAACUGUGGAUGUGAUUUUGAUCAAUUUCUUGAAAGUGAAGUCCUAAAGCAUACCAGGGCACUUUUGAUUCUCAGUUAUGACUUCAAGAGUGCAUGGAAUUCCAGGAAGCUUGUCCUAUCAAGAAAGCAGGAGCUGUCAUUAUUUGUGGACGAAUUUCAGUUAUCUGCACUAAUCCUUUCAUAUGCACCAAAAAGUGAAGGUGCUUGGAGUCAUAGGCAGUGGACAGUAAAGAUGAUUGCAGAAAAAGUUCACGAUCUGCAGGAGCUUGUAAAAAAAGAAUCAGAGCUGGUGAAGAAUAUUGCUGAGAAAUCAAAAAUGAAUUAUCGUGCUUGGAAUCAUCGAUGCUGGCUUGUUCUAUACAUGACGGAGUCACAGGUUCUUGAUGAGUUGAACAUGUCAAGAAAAUGGGCCGAAUUGCAUGUUGCUGAUAACUGCUGCUUCCACUACCGUCGAAGGUUAAUGCUUAGAAUUCUAAGUAAUGGAGACGUAAAAGAAGGUGGAGAAAAGCCCUUUAAUUACAAUUCCAAUGUUUAUGCUGUAUGGAAGGAGCUCCAAUGGAACAAAUUGCUCAUUCAACGCUAUAUUGGAAGAGAGGCCUUAUGGAUUCAUCGACGAUUCCUCUCUCAGUGUUGGAUAAAGCACUUUGCCAACAACCAAAAGAGCAGCAGCCCCCAUAUAGAAGCUACUGGCUUAGAUGAUUUUCUUGGCGAAGAGUUUGAGCUUAUGAAUGCUUGCCUGAACACCCAAACUGAUGAUGAGCUUGAUGACUAUCAGUCUCAAGCUAAGCAUGCGGUUUCUUACAUUCUGUGGAUAUCGAAGCAAAUUCCUUCGUGUUCGGAGGUUAAGCUGCAGGAGAGGCUGAAAGAGGCGGUAAACUUUGAGGAUUUAUUCAUGAAGUAUCCUGAAAGAUUGAUGCUAUGGAAGAAAGUACUAGUUUGAGUGUCAAAAGUGGGCGCUUUUUUUUUUUUUGCUGCUUUAUUUUCUUGUAUUCAAGACAUUCAUUCAUUGUGGUUUUUUCUUGAUUUAUGACGAUACAUAGAGACUGAUAUGUGGGUUUAACUGUUGUAUCGUAGUUAUGCAUUACACUCUUAUUUUAUAGGAAAAACACCCCAAACAUCCCCAAUUUGCCUUGAUCA